UAAUGGUUUUUCCUCGGCCUCGGCCGCCCACACUUUUCGUAGCUUCUUGUAGUCCCAUCGCUGACUCCUUCCUUACCCCUCUCCAACCAGUCCCGAGAAGGAGGACUUCGCUGCGGUCGAGCGUCGCCAAAAGGCCAUGGCCUUCUUGGACAACCCGGAGCUGCUUCUGAUGCAUGCCCAGUCCACAGGAUCUAGCGUCGCGGCCGCACGCCUUUAUUUCACAAAGAUGCUCUGCGGCUUCGACCAAGAGGAGUCAGCCCACACCGCCACUGCUGCCAGCACCUCUGCCCGCCAGAACCCCCGCCAUUCCCGCUGACAGAAGGAGAGGCGGCCCGCUCGAUCCCCGACUGGCUAGUGAUUAACUAGCCUCUUCGAACAACAAAGUUCUCUCCGACAUACA